UGGGAGGAGGCACGUGAGGAGGCGGCGGCGUGAGGCAACUAUGGCGGGAGGAAUGAAAGUGGCGGUCUGGCUGGCAGUUGGUCCCGGGUCUUGGGGUUGGGGAUCCGGGGGCUGUGGGGCAGUACGGCUGCUGUUGGUCCUCUCCGGCAGCUUGGUCUGCUGCUCAGCUGGAAUUGAUGUAAAUGUGGCCGUGCUUCAGGAAUCCCAGAUUUAUUCCAUGAAUACCAGCCGACAGUUCUGUUACACAAAUGUGCUUAUCCCCAAAUGGCAUGAUGUGUGGACACGGAUACAGAUCCGGGUAAAUAGUUCCAGAUUGGUUCGAGUGACCCACGUGGAGAAUGAGGAUAAACUGAAGGAGCUAGAGCAGUUUAGUAUCUGGAACAUUUUUUCCUCCUUUUUAAAAGAGAAAUUGAAUGACACCUAUAUUAACGUGGGUCUAUACAGCACAAAAACCUGCCUCAAAGUUGAGAUUAUAGAGACAGACACCAAGUACAGUGUCAUUGUGAUCCGGAGAUUUGACCCCAAACUCUUCUUUAUUUUUCUCCUUGGACUUACACUGUUUUUUUGUGGAGAUUUGCUGAGCAGAAGUCAAAUUUUCUACUAUUCUACUGGGAUGAGUAUGGGAAUUUUGGCCUCUCUACUUAUCAUCAUUUUUAUACUCUCUAAGUUUAUGCCCAAGAAAAGUCCCAUUUACGUCAUCCUGGUAGGAGGCUGGUCUUUUUCUCUGUACCUCAUUCAACUAGUUUUUAAAAAUUUACAAGAGAUCUGGAGGUGUUACUGGCAGUAUCUGUUAAGCUAUGUCCUCACAGUUGGAUUCGUGAGUUUUGCGGUGUGUUACAAGUAUGGGCCCUUGGAGAAUGAACGCAGUAUCAACCUGCUGACCUGGACCUUGCAGCUGCUGGGCCUGUGUUUCAUGUACUCCAGCAUCCAGAUACCACACAUUGCCCUUGCCAUUGUCAUCAUUGCUCUGUGUACUAAGAACUUGGAGUACCCUAUUCAGUGGCUAUACAUCACCUACAGAAAGAUGUGUAAGGCAUCAGAAAAGCCUGUCCCUCCUCGUCUUCUGACAGAAGAAGAAUAUCGGAUACAAGGAGAGGUAGAAACCCGAAAGGCUUUAGAGGAGCUCCGAGAAUUUUGUAAUAGUCCAGACUGUUCUGCUUGGAAGACUGUUUCUCGAAUCCAGUCUCCAAAAAGAUUUGCUGACUUUGUGGAAGGCUCUUCCCACCUCACACCAAAUGAAGUUUCUGUCCAUGAGCAGGAGUAUGGAUUAGGGAGCAUUAUUGCCCAGGAUGAAAGCUAUGAGGAGACGUCCUCUGAGGAGGAAGACUCACGCUCCCGCUGCCCCACUAUCACACACAACAAUUUAUUGAUGUAGGGGGUGGUCAGUUACCUUUAUGUGGACUUUCUUGGAGCCUCACUGGCUCAUGUUUGUUGUGCAGUUGCUCCAGCCCUUUGGAUCAGAAGCAGAAACUCCCGCAGGUGGGAGGCCUGGAGAGGCCUCCCUCUGGAAAUGGUCUGGGUGGUCUCUGUGGGGGCCCUGAGGAAGGAGAGGGAAUAAAGUAGUAAAUGCCUAUUUGUUAAUUGAUCACCCCACUUUCAUGUUCCCAGAGUAACUGGAUGGCCACAGCCUGGUGUUCCAGCUCCUCUUUGAAAGUUGAUUCAAUUGUGGUCUUUCUGCCAUAGGCUGGCCCUCCAGGGUAAGAACUGUUUUACACCCUAGGCUGCAUCUUCCAGAGAGAAAUCCACAAAUCUGAGCCUUAUUCGCUCCUGUCUUUCUUUUAGUGACUUUAGAGUAAGACUUGAUUUAACUCUUUUUAGGAGGAAAAUGGAUUUUUGUUAGUCUUAUAGAACAAGCAAGUGCUCCAGAGUGAUAAGCCCAGUUGGCUCUGAAGUUCCAGGAGCUGUUGUUCUGAGCUCUGAAUUAGUUCUCACACAUGUCGUAUUUAAAUCCUGCUUGCUUUUAGGACAUGCCUGCAGGCUGUUCGGUAGCUGAGGUGUCUUGGGUUUUUUGUUCUAUUCAACUUUUCAUUCCAUCUUAAAAAUGACGUUUGUGUUCUUCCCUUCCUAGUCCUCCUUGCUCCCCUUUCCCUUUCAGGAAGGGUACAUUCCCUCACUUGUGGGGUAUGUACAAUUCAGAGUUUGUUUCAUUUCUUACACAUCCUUCUCCUUAGUUAACAGCAUUAUUCCUGCUAGCUAGGAGAAGUGAUCUUGCUUAGGGGAUAUGCAAAUGCUUUUUACAGGUUAUACAUUGUUCCUAUCAUUGGGUCAUGUAGCUUUGAGUUUCUGUUGAAUCAAGGAACUAUCUCCUUUUCCUUUCCCUUCUUCUCUGUCUACCUGGUCUACUCAUUCCUUUCAGUCUUUCCUCAGUUACCUGCAUUCCCCCAAAUCUAUCUAAGCCCUGAAAUUAUCUAUAAAGUUUUCCGAUGUACAGUUUGUAGCUGCAUAGCUGCCAGGAAAUGACCUCCAGGUUAUUUUCAUGCCUCUGGAUGCUCAUUCAGCCAUCAGGAUUAGACACAUUUUUCUAUGAACUUAUUUGCUAUUCUAUUUCUGACCUGAGAUUUAUGCUCAGGUCAGAAAAAUGAUUCAGCUGUACAAAAAAGUAUUUAUACUUUUAUUACAGUGGCAUUAGUUUCACAUUCUUUUCCUGUUGGAAAGUACCCUUAUAGACCAGCAGUGACAUUUCUGAGGGAGCAAAUUCCCAAGUGUCUGUCAUUUGCUUGGUUCUUUUUUUGUGAUCUUCACCCUCAUACCUUGGAAAAAGCUGUAAUUACUUUAGCCAGGAAAAGAGAUGCUCAUGGCAAGAGCACAGCAUCAGCUUUACUGGCUUAUGUACCAUAAUCACGGGGAAGGCAGAUAACUUUGUAAAAAGUCCUCUUUCAGACCAGCCAUUUAUCAGAUAAUUUUGAAAGGCCCGGGCUCCAUUGCUGACUUCAGAGAGUCGGCUCUGAGACACCCUUCCAGGUUGAUUGUUUCCACUAGUAUUUCCCACAGCCUUAAAGUGUGCCAAAGAGAGAACUACCUCAAUUGGCAGCAAAGAGACAUAGAGUGGAAAAUGAGCAGUAUUCGAUCAGAUAGUAUGGGUUAGAUUUGUAGGAUGAAAGGAACUUUGGGAAACUGUUAGGCCUUUGUGAAUUCUGUACAUAGUAAAAUUUUAUCCCUCUACCAAGAACUAUUAAAACCUCUGAACGCUUUUAAACCUUAUUUAUAGAAACUGAGAACUAGCAUAUUUGAGCAUAAGUUGGUUUGAAAAAAUAAUUCAGCUGUACAAAUAAAUGGUCUCAGGAUUCUCUGUAGAUUUUAGUGCCUUCUCCAAAAGAGCCAGUACUUAGGAAGGUGGGAGUUUGCCUCUAGGGUAGCUUUUCCUGACCUGUGUAUUUAUUUCAGUGCGAAAGCAUUGUGAAAGACUCUCCUAUUUUGUUUAGUAAACUCCUGUGAAAUAGAGUUUCCAUCUUAAGACCAGUUUUUCCACUGUUUGGAAUUCAGGGUGAGUAAAAUUGAACUCAAUUUAUUACUCCCUGUCUGGUAGUUGGGAGACUUGAGCUUAGGCGGUGGAGGUGAUAGUUGGUCCCGUAGCAUGACAAUUGCUCUCAGACAGAAGGAGGACGUUUCUUGAGUGUGCUGUGUGUCCUUGCCGUGCCUGCCUUGUGGCUCUGCCCAGAUGCUGCAGCGCCUCUGUGUGCCUGGGGAGUGCUUGACUUCGUAAGCCCUUCCGAGCUGCUCCUGUCUCCCUCUUGGCCACUUAGUCUGCUGGCUCAGUCACUACUUAAAAAGCCCCCAUUUGAUUUUCUCUGGCAGUUACAUGUCUUGCAACUUCAGCACAGUCUCGUCUCUUAGGCCUGUCUCAUCAAGGAGGAUUGAAGGGAUAACUAUGGGACGCCCUGGACAUUGGAGCCAUGUCUGCUGCCACGUCAGCAUCUUGAUUGGCAAAUAUCAAUCCAUAAAUGUGCUCCGGGGCUCAGGGUCUCAUCAGCAUUGGAAAUCUAUUAACUCUAAUUGGUCUGACCAAGUUGUGUAGAGAGUGACUUCCAUUAAUGGAGACUGUAAGAGGCAAUUGGUAUAAAACAUUUCCCUUUCACUUUCCCACUCAGAUUGUUUUUAUGAGACCAGUGGAAUACAGUGACCCAAAACAAGGACGAUUUAGCAACUUAGAUACCUUCUAAUAAGGAAUUCCUAUCAGCCACUGCAUUGCACCAAAGCUAUUUUAUUUCUCCUCAAAUUCAUGAUUUUAUGGCUGUUACAAAGGGAAUUUUGUUGAUGACUAGUCUUACUAUUCCAUUUAUGUAAAUUCAUCCAUUCUGGGGCUCAGUGCUCUCUUCACUGAUUAUUCCUUUUCACACAAUCCCUAUUUGGCAUAUAUUAUGGAGGUUUUAUGAAUAAAAGUUCCCAAAUAAGCCUGAGGGUCUCCUCAGGCGCUGAUAGCCAUAGAAGGCCUGGGAAUGGAUUUACAUAAUUAUCCUCAAUCUUUUUGUUGUUUCAGGGAAAAAAAGAUGGGUUUAGAUAGAUGCCUGCGUAAAAAUGGUUCCUAGCCGUAUACUCAUAACUUUUCUCUAAAUUGAGUACUGAAAGUUGAAAUACAAGGAAAGGAAAUUAAAUGUUCUUCUAGUAUUCCUUUGGACUCAGGUCUGACAUAUGAGAUAAUAAUCUGUAUUGAAAUGCCAGGAAUUUUAUCUGAACCAAGGAAAGGACAUUUCGACAGAUUUAUUGUACUUCCAUUUAUACAGGCACUGAAAUCAAGUAGUAAACAUAUAAAAUAGCCAUUGCACAAAGCAAAUGCACCUAAACCUUCUGUUUCUAUUUGUGUUUAGUGAAAACUGAUUUUUUUUUUUGGGAAAUCUAGUAAUUGUUGUGACCCAAUGAUACCUUUUGGUGACUUAGCUUAUAGAUUCAGUUGCUAUUGAGUUGGAUUCUAGAUGGUUACUACCUUGAAAAGAGUGUUUGGUGCCUUAAUGUGACAGGAGCCACACACAGCCUGCUGGGAAUAAACAAGGCAGAUUCAUGCCAACAUCAACUUGUAGCUUUAGGGGGGAUGGGAGUGGGUCACACAGACCCCCAAAAUGUGGGAUUUGGAUUUCUACACCACCCACCCACGUCGUCUUCCUUUUUUCACACUUGUUUGGUGAUAACUUGAAAAUGGUGAGAUCACCUUCUCUGAACUUGACUAUAACAUGAGCAGCAUUCUUAUGUUAAUAUAAUAGCUCAUCCUGUGAGCACUAGAAAGUGUUACAGCCUGCGGUUGCCGCAGCUCCCAUGUUUACGGAAUUGAUGUUGAAGUAGCAGUGCUAAGUAAUUACUGGGUAAGUUUUAGAUUGUGGGUAAUGCCUUAGCAUUAUUUAAAUAAAAGAUUUGUCAUUUGUGUUAAAAAUAAAUGUUCAUGAAUGUUUGUAAAGAAAAAAAUUAUCAGGGAUGGGUCUUUGCCCAGGGGUCUCAUUUUUACCCUCUUUUCUAUAAGAACAAAUAAUUAUGUGUUAUGACUUUUUUGAUUUUUAUUGUACAGUUUGUAAGUAAUUGCAAUUUUAAUAAAGUUUUAUAGAC